AUGCCGCAAGCAGUCAUCACUUCAACUAUGAAAUCUUUGAAUGGUUUCAUGAUUACUUUAGAGACUACCCAUAUCAAGGAGUUAAGAAUUGCCAAUGAUGCCUACAUGGUACCAUCCAUCGAGGAAGAAGAUGAGGGUAUUCAUAAAGAACUACCUUCUUCUAAGACGCUAAGUCAAUUAAUUCAAGACCAUGUUCAAUUGCCAUUAGAAUCUAUCCAAGACGUCUCAAGAUUUACGCCUUUGACAGGUGCAAAUGCAAUUCCAGUAGGGAUACCGGACUCUGCCAAGGUCAAGAUAUCGGAAACACCAAUACUGAGUACCUCCACGACCUCAACCUCCGCAAGGAUGUUGGACCCCUACAUCAAGUUACCACCUGAAGAAUAUAGACGUGAGCCUAUUGAUUCACAGCUAGCUAUGAAAUUUGCCAAGGCAUGGGACAAGUCCAAGAAUUACUCAGGAGAAUAA